AUGUCAGACCGACUUAUUUUCCUAGAAAAGUAUGCUCCUCAUAAGUUUUACAAAAGAUUUCGAAGAGAAGCUGUGGACAACAAAACUACAGCUGAUGCUACAACAACGGUUGCUGACACAACUACAGUGGCUUACUCAACUACGGCAGAUACAGCGGCUGACACUACAACUACAGUGGCUGAUACAAUUACAUCUGAUGCUACUGCACAUUUUGUUGAUGUUACAACAGCUGAUGUUACAACAACAGCAGCUGACACAGCUACAGUGGCUCAAGAUACUACGGCAGAUACAGCAGCAGCUGAGGCAGCAACUACAGUGGCUGACACAACGACAGUGGAUGAGGCAACGGCGGCAGAUACUACAGCAUUGUGUGUUACAACUACAGUGGUUGAAACAACUACAGCUGAUGCAACCAAAGCAUUUGCUGAUACAACAGCGGCUAAUGCUACAACAGUUGCUUACAUAACUACAGUGGCUGACUCAACUACGGCUUAUUCUACAGGAGCUUAUGCCACAAGUACAGUGGCUGUCACAACUACAGAGGCUGACGCAACGACGGCAAAUACUACAGGAGCUGAUGCUACAAGUAUAAUGGCUGACACGACUACAGUGACUGACAUAAACACAACUGAUGCUAUUUCAACAGUAGCUGACACAACUACAGUGACUGACGCAACUACGGCAGAUACAACAGCAGCUUAUGCUUCAACUAUACUGGCUGAUACAACUACAGAUAAUGCUACAACAACAGCUGCUGAUGCAAAAACGGCUAAUGUUAGAACAACAGUUGCUUACAUAACUUCAGUGGCUGACGCAACUACGGCAGAUACUACUUUGUCAUUAAAUAUCGGACUACGAAUGGCUGAUGCUACAACUACAGUGGCUGACACAACUACAGCUGAUGCUACAACAACAGUUGCUGAUGCAACAACGGCUGAUGUUACAACAACAGUAGCUGACACAACUACAGUGGCUGACGCAACUAUGGCAGAUACUACAGCAGCUGAUGCUACAACUACAGUGGCUGACACAACUGCAGCUGAUGCUACAACAACAGUUGCUGAUGCAACAACGGCUGAUGUUACAACAGCAGUUGCUGACACAACUACAGUGGCUGACGCAACAACGGCAGAUACUACAGCAGCUGAUGCUACAACUACAGUGGCUGACACAACUGCAGCUGAUGCUACAACAACAGUUGCUGAUGCAACAACGGCUGAUGUUACAACAACAGUAGCUUACACAACUACAGUGGCUGACGCAACUACGGCAGAUACUACAGCAGCUGAUGCUACAACUACAGUGGCUGACACAACUGCAGCUGAUGCUACAACAACAGUUGCUGAUGCAACGACGGCUGAUGUUACAACAGCAGUUGCUGAUACAACUACAGUGGCUGACGCAACUACGGCAGAUACUACAGCAGCUGAUGCUACAACUACAGUGGCUGACACAACUGCAGCUGAUGCUACAACAACAGUUGCUGAUGCAACAACGGCUGAUGUUACAACAGCAGUUGCUGACACAACUACAGUGGCUGACGCAACUACGGCAGAUACUACAGCAGCUGAUGCUACAACUAGAGUGGCUGGCACAACUGCAGCUGAUGCUACAACAACAGUUGCUGAUGCAACAACGGCUGAUGUUACAACAACAGUAGCUGACACAACUACAGUGGCUGACGCAACUACGGCAGAUACUACAGCAGCUGAUGCUACAACUACAGUGGCUGACACAACUGCAGCUGAUGCUACAACAACAGUUGCUGAUGCAACAACGGCUGAUGUUACAACAGCAGUUGCUGACACAACUACAGUGGCUGACGCAACUACGGCAGAUACUACAGCAGCUGAUGCUACAAGUACAGUGGCUGACACAACUACAGCUGAUGCUACAACAACAGUUGCUGAUGCAACAACGGCUGAUGUUACAACAACAGUAGCUGACACAACUUCAGUGGCUGACGCAACUACGGCAGAUACUACAGCAGCUGAUGCUACAACUACAGUGGCUGACACAACUGCAGCUGAUGCUACAACAACAGUUGCUGAUGCAACAACGGCUGAUGUUACAACAGCAGUUGCUGACACAACUACAGUGGCUGACGCAACUACGGCAGAUACUACAGCAGCUGAUGCUACAACUACAGUGGCUGACACAACUGCAGCUGAUGCUACAACAACAGUUGCUGAUGCAACAACGGCUGAUGUUACAACAGCAGUUGCUGACACAACUACAGUGGCUGACGCAACUACGGCAGAUACUACAGCAGCUGAUGCUACAAGUACAGUGGCUGACACAACUACAGCUGAUGCUACAACAACAGUUGCUGAUGCAACAACGGCUGAUGCUACAACAACAGUUGCUGAUGCAACAACGGCUGAUGUUACAACAGCAGUUACUGACACAACUACAGUGGCUGACGCAACUACGGCAGAUACUACAGCAGCUGAUGCUACAAGUACAGUGGCUGACACAACUACAGCUGAUGCUACAACAACAGUUGCUGAUGCAACAACGGCUGAUGUUACAACAACAGUAGCUGACACAACUACAGUGGCUGACGCAACUACGGCAGAUACUACAGCAGCUGAUGCUACAACUACAGUGGCUGACACAACUGCAGCUGAUGCUACAACAACAGUUGCUGAUGCAACCACGGCUGAUGUUACAACAGCAGUUGCUGACACAACUACAGUGGCUGACGCAACUACGGCAGAUACUACAUCAGCUGAUGCUACAACUACAGUGGCUGACACAACUGCAGCUGAUGCUACAACAACAGUUGCUGAUGCAACAACGGCUGAUGUUACAACAGCAGUUGCUGACACAACUACAGUGCCUGACGCAACUACGGCAGAUACUACAGCAGCUGAUGCUACAAGUACAGUGGCUGACACAACUACAGCUGAUGCUACAACAACAGUUGCUGAUGCAACAACGGCUGACGUUACAACAACAGUAGCUGACACAACUACAGUGGCUGACGCAACUACGGCAGAUACUACAGCAGCUGAUGCUACAACUACAGUGGCUGACACAACUGCAGCUGAUGCUACAACAACAGUUGCUGAUGCAACGACGGGUGAUGUUACAACAGCAGUUGCUGACACAACUACAGUGGCUGACGCAACUACAGCAGAUACUACAGCAGCUGAUGCUACAAGUACAGUGGCUGACACAACUGCAGCUGAUGCUACAACAACAGUUGCUGAUGCAACAACGGCUGAUGUUACAACAGCAGUUGCUGACACAACUACAGUGGCUGACGCAACUACGGCAGAUACUACAGCAGCUGAUGCUACAACUACAGUGGCUGACACAACUGCAACUGAUGCUACAACAACAGUUGCUGAUGCAACAACGGCUGAUGUUACAACAGCAGUUGCUGACACAACUACAGUGGCUGACGCAACUACGGCAGAUACUACAGCAGCUGAUGCUACAACUACAGUGGCUGACACUACUACAGCUGAUGCUACAACAACAGUUGCUGAUGCAACAACGGCUGAUGUUACAACAACAGUAGCUGACACAACUACAGUGGCUGACGCAACUACGGCAGAUACUACAGCAGCUGAUGCUACAACUACAGUGGCUGACACAACUGCAGCUGAUGCUACAACAACAGUUGCUGAUGCAACAACGGCUGAUGUUACAACAGCAGUUGCUGACACAACUACAGUGGCUGACGCAACUACGGCAGAUACUACAGCAGCUGAUGCUACAACUACAGUGGCUGACACAACUGCAGCUGAUGCUACAACAGUUACUGAUGCAACAACGGCUGAUGUUACAACAGCAGUUGCUGACACAACUACAGUGGCUGACGCAACUACGGCAGAUACUACAGCAGCUGAUGCUACAACUACAGUGGCUGACACAACUGCAGCUGAUGCUACAACAACAGUUGCUGAUGCAACAACGGCUGAUGUUACAACAGCAGUUGCUGACACAACUACAGUGGCUGACGCAACUACGGCAGAUACUACAGCAGCUGAUGCUACAACUUCAGUGGCUGACACAACUGCAGCUGAUGCUACAACAACAGUUGCUGAUGCAACAACGGCUGAUGUUACAACAACAGUAGUUGACACAACUACAGUGGCUGACGCAACUACCGAAGAUACUACAGCAGCUGAUGCUACAACUACAGUGGCUGACACAACUGCAGCUGAUGCUACAACAACAGUUGCUGAUGCAACAACGGCUGAUGUUACAACAGCAGUUGCUGACACAACUACAGUGGCUGACGCAACUACGGCAGAUACUACAGCAGCUGAUGCUACAAAUACAGUGGCUGACACAACUACAGCUGAUGCUACAACAACAGUUGCUGAUGUUACAACGGCUGAUGUUACAACAACAGUAGCUGACACAACUACAGUGGCUGACGCAACUACGGCAGAUACUACAGCAGCUGAUGCUACAACUACAGUGGCUGACACAACUGCAGCUGAUGCUACAACAACAGUUGCUGAUGCAACAACGGCUGAUGUUACAACAGCAUUUGCUGACACAACUACAGUGGCUGACGCAACUAUGGCAGAUACUACAGCAGCUGAUGCUACAAGUACAGUGGCUUACACAACUACAGCUGAUGCUACAACAACAGUUGCUGAUGCAACAACGGCUGAUGUUACAACAACAGUAGCUGACACAACUACAGUGGCUGACGCAACUACGGCAGAUACUACAGCAGCUGAUGCUACAACUACAGUGGCUGACACAACUGCAGCUGAUGCUACAACAACAGUUGCUGAUGCAACAACGGCUGAUGUUACAACAGCAGUUGCUGACACAACUACAGUGGCUGACGCAACUACGGCAGAUAAUACAGCAGCUGAUGCUACAACUACAGUGGCUGACACAACUGCAGCUGAUGCUACAACAACAGUUGCUGAUGCAACAACGGCUGAUGUUACAACAGCAGUUGCUGACACAACUACAGUGGCUGACGCAACUACGGCAGAUACUACAGCAGCUGAUGCUACAACUACAGUGGCUGACACAACUGCAGCUGAUGCUACAACAACAGUUGCUGAUGCAACAACGGCUGAUGUUACAACAGCAGUUGCUGACACAACUACAGUGGCUGACGCAACUACGGCAGAUACUACAGCAGCUGAUGCUACAACUACAGUGGCUGACACAACUACAGCUGAUGCUACAACAACAGUUGCUGAUGCAACAACGGCUGAUGUUACAACAGCAGUUGCUGACACAACUACAGUGGCUGACGCAACUACGGCAGAUACUACAGCAGCUGAUGCUACAAAUACAGUGGCUGACACAACUACAGCUGAUGCUACAACAACAGUUGCUGAUGUUACAACGGCUGAUGUUACAACAACAGUAGCUGACACAACUACAGUGGCUGACGCAACUACGGCAGAUACUACAGCAGCUGAUGCUACAACUACAGUGGCUGACACAACUGCAGCUGAUGCUACAACAACAGUUGCUGAUGCAACAACGGCUGAUGUUACAACAGCAUUUGCUGACACAACUACAGUGGCUGACGCAACUAUGGCAGAUACUACAGCAGCUGAUGCUACAAGUACAGUGGCUUACACAACUACAGCUGAUGCUACAACAACAGUUGCUGAUGCAACAACGGCUGAUGUUACAACAACAGUAGCUGACACAACUACAGUGGCUGACGCAACUACGGCAGAUACUACAGCAGCUGAUGCUACAACUACAGUGGCUGACACAACUGCAGCUGAUGCUACAACAACAGUUGCUGAUGCAACAACGGCUGAUGUUACAACAGCAGUUGCUGACACAACUACAGUGGCUGACGCAACUACGGCAGAUAAUACAGCAGCUGAUGCUACAACUACAGUGGCUGACACAACUGCAGCUGAUGCUACAACAACAGUUGCUGAUGCAACAACGGCUGAUGUUACAACAGCAGUUGCUGACACAACUACAGUGGCUGACGCAACUACGGCAGAUACUACAGCAGCUGAUGCUACAACUACAGUGGCUGACACAACUGCAGCUGAUGCUACAACAACAGUUGCUGAUGCAACAACGGCUGAUGUUACAACAGCAGUUGCUGACACAACUACAGUGGCUGACGCAACUACGGCAGAUACUACAGCAGCUGAUGCUACAACUACAGUGGCUGACACAACUACAGCUGAUGCUACAACAACAGUUGCUGAUGCAACAACGGCUGAUGUUACAACAGCAGUUGCUGACACAACUACAGUGGCUGACGCAACUACGGCAGAUACUACAGCAGCUGAUGCUACAAGUACAGUGGCUGACACAACUACAGCUGAUGCUAAAACAACAGUUGCUGAUGCAACAACGGCUGAUGUUACAACAACAGUAGCUGACACAACUACAGUGGCUGACGCAACUACGGCAGAUACUACAGCAGCUGAUGCUACAACUACAGUGGCUGACACAACUGCAGCUGAUGCUACAACAACAGUUGCUGAUGCAACCACGGCUGAUGUUACAACAGCAGUUGCUGACACAACUACAGUGGCUGACGCAACUACGGCAGAUACUACAUCAGCUGAUGCUACAACUACAGUGGCUGACACAACUGCAGCUGAUGCUACAACAACAGUUGCUGAUGCAACAACGGCUGAUGUUACAACAGCAGUUGCUGACACAACUACAGUGCCUGACGCAACUACGGCAGAUACUACAGCAGCUGAUGCUACAACUACAGUGGCUGACACAACUGCAGCUGAUGCUACAACAACAGUUGCUGAUGCAACAACGACUGAUGUUACAACAACAGUAGCUGACACAACUACAGUGGCUGACGCAACUACGGCAGAUACUACAGCAGCUGAUGCUACAACUACAGUGGCUGACACAACUGCAGCUGAUGCUACAACAACAGUUGCUGAUGCAACAACGGCUGAUGUUACAACAGCAGUUGCUGACACAACUACAGUGGCUGACGCAACUACGGCAGAUACUACAGCAGCUGAUGCUACAACUACAGUGGCUGACACAACUACAGCUGAUGCUACAACAACAGUUGCUGAUGCAACAACGGCUGACGUUACAACAACAGUAGCUGACACAACUACAGUGGCUGACGCAACUACGGCAGAUACUACAGCAGCUGAUGCUACAACUACAGUGGCUGACACAACUGCAGCUGAUGCUACAACAACAGUUGCUGAUGCAACGACGGGUGAUGUUACAACAGCAGUUGCUGACACAACUACAGUGGCUGACGCAACUACAGCAGAUACUACAGCAGCUGAUGCUACAAGUACAGUGGCUGACACAACUGCAGCUGAUGCUACAACAACAGUUGCUGAUGCAACAACGGCUGAUGUUACAACAGCAGUUGCUGACACAACUACAGUGGCUGACGCAACUACGGCAGAUACUACAGCAGCUGAUGCUACAACUACAGUGGCUGACACAACUGCAACUGAUGCUACAACAACAGUUGCUGAUGCAACAACGGCUGAUGUUACAACAGCAGUUGCUGACACAACUACAGUGGCUGACGCAACUACGGCAGAUACUACAGCAGCUUAUGCUACAACUACAGUGGCUGACACAACUACAGCUGAUGCUACAACAACAGUUGCUGAUGCAACAAUGGCUGAUGUUACAACAACAGUAGCUGACACAACUACAGUGGCUGACGCAACUACGGCAGAUACUACAGCAGCUGAUGCUACAACUACAGUGGCUGACACAACUGCAGCUGAUGCUACAACAACAGUUGCUGAUGCAACAACGGCUGAUGUUACAACAGCAGUUGCUGACACAACUACAGUGGCUGACGCAACUACGGCAGAUACUACAGCAGCUGAUGCUACAACUACAGUGGCUGACACAACUGCAGCUGAUGCUACAACAGUUACUGAUGCAACAACGGCUGAUGUUACAACAGCAGUUGCUGACACAACUACAGUGGCUGACGCAACUACGGCAGAUACUACAGCAGCUGAUGCUACAACUACAGUGGCUGACACAACUGCAGCUGAUGCUACAACAACAGUUGCUGAUGCAACAACGGCUGAUGUUACAACAGCAGUUGCUGACACAACUACAGUGGCUGACGCAACUACGGCAGAUACUACAGCAGCUGAUGCUACAACUACAGUGGCUGACACAACUGCAGCUGAUGCUACAACAGUUACUGAUGCAACAACGGCUGAUGUUACAACAGCAGUUGCUGACACAACUACAGUGGCUGACGCAACUACGGCAGAUACUACAGCAGCUGAUGCUACAACUACAGUGGCUGACACAACUGCAGCUGAUGCUACAACAACAGUUGCUGAUGCAACAACGGCUGAUGUUACAACAGAAGUUGCUGACACAACUACAGUGGCUGACGCAACUACGGCAGAUACUACAGCAGCUGAUGCUACAACUUCAGUGGCUGACACAACUGCAGCUGAUGCUACAACAACAGUUGCUGAUGCAACAACGGCUGAUGUUACAACAACAGUAGUUGACACAACUACAGUGGCUGACGCAACUACCGAAGAUACUACAGCAGCUGAUGCUACAACUACAGUGGCUGACACAACUGCAGCUGAUGCUACAACAACAGUUGCUGAUGCAACAACGGCUGAUGUUACAACAGCAGUUGCUGACACAACUACAGUGGCUGACGCAACUACGGCAGAUACUACAGCAACUGAUGCUACAACUACAGUGGCUGACACAACUGCAGCUGAUGCUACAACAACAGUUGCUGAUGCAACAACGGCUGAUGUUACAACAGCAGUUGCUGACACAACUACAGUGGCUGACGCAACUACGGCAGAUACUACAGCAGCUGAUGCUACAACUACAGUGGCUGACACAACUGCAGCUGAUGCUACAACAACAGUUGCUGAUGCUACAACGACUGAUGUUACAACAACAGUAGCUGACACAACUACAGUGGCUGACCCAACUACGGCAGAUACUACAGCAGCUGAUGCUACAACUACAGUGGCUGACACAACUGCAGCUGAUGCUACAACAACAGUUGCUGAUGCAACAACGGCUGAUGUUACAACAGCAGUUGCUGACACAACUACAGUGGCUGAAGCAACUACGGCAGAUACUACAGCAGCUGAUGCUACAAGUACAGUGGCUGACACAACUACAGCUGAUGCUACAACAACAGUUGCAGGUGCAACAACGGCUGACGUUACAACAACAGUAGCUGACACAACUACAGUGGCUGACGCAACUACGGCAGAUACUACAGCAGCUGAUGCUACAACUACAGUGGCUGACACAACUGCAGCUGAUGCUACAACAACAGUUGCUGAUGCAACAACGGCUGAUGUUACAACAGCAGUUGCUGACACAACUACAGUGGCUGACGCAACUACGGCAGAUACUACAGCAGCUGAUGCUACAACUACAGUGGCUGACACAACUGCAGCUGAUGCUACAACAGUUGCUGAUGCAACAACGGCUGAUGUUACAACAGCAGUUGCUGACACAACUACAGUGGCUGACGCAACUACGGCAGAUACUACAGCAGCUGAUGCUACAACUACAGUGGCUGACACAACUGCAGCUGAUGCUACAACAACAGUUUCUGAUGCAACAACGGCUGAUGUUACAACAGCAGUUGCUGACACAACUACAGUGGCUGACGCAACUACGGCAGAUACUACAGCAGCUGAUGCUACAACUUCAGUGGCUGACACAACUGCAGCUGAUGCUACAACAACAGUUGCUGAUGCAACAACGGCUGAUGUUACAACAACAAUAGCUGACACAACUACAGUGGCUGACGCAACUACGGCAGAUACUACAGCAGCUGAUGCUACAACUACAGUGGCUGACACAACUGCAGCUGAUGCUACAACAACAGUUGCUGAUGCAACAACGGCUGAUGUUACAACAGCAGUUGCUGACACAACUACAGUGGCUGACGCAACUACGGCAGAUACUACAGCAGCUGAUGCUACAACUACAGUGGCUGACACAACUGCAGCUGAUGGUACAACAACAGUUGCUGAUGCAACAACGGCUGAUGUUACAACAGCAGUUGCUGACACAACUACAGUGGCUGACGCAACUACGGCAGAUACUACAGCAGCUGAUGCUACAACUACAGUGGCUGACACAACUGCAGCUGAUGCUACAACAACAGUUGCUGAUGCAACAACGGCUGAUGUUACAACAGCAGUUGCUGACACAACUACAGUGGCUGACGCAACUACGGCAGAUACUACAGCAGCUGAUGCUACAACUACAGUGGCUGACACAACUGCAGCUGAUGCUACAACAACAGUUGCUGAUGCAACAACGGCUGAUGUUACAACAGCAGUUGCUGACACAACUACAGUGGCUGACGCAACUACGGCAGAUACUACAGCAGCUGAUGCUACAACUACAGUGGCUGACACAACUGCAGCUGAUGCUACAACAACAGUUGCUGAUGCAACAACGACUGAUGUUACAACAACAGUAGCUGACACAACUACAGUGGCUGACCCAACUACGGCAGAUACUACAGCAGCUGAUGCUACAACUACAGUGGCUGACACAACUGCAGCUGAUGCUACAACAACAGUUGCUGAUGCAACAACGGCUGAUGUUACAACAGCAGUUGCUGACACAACUACAGUGGCUGACGCAACUACGGCAGAUACUACAGCAGCUGAUGCUACAAGUACAGUGGCUGACACAACUACAGCUGAUGCUACAACAACAGUUGCAGGUGCAACAACGGCUGACGUUACAACAACAGUAGCUGACACAACUACAGUGACUGACGCAACUACGGCAGAUACUACAGCAGCUGAUGCUACAACUACAGUGGCUGACACAACUGCAGCUGAUGCUACAACAACAGUUGCUGAUGCAACAACGGCUGAUGUUACAACAGCAGUUGCUGACACAACUACAGUGGCUGACGCAACUACGGCAGAUACUACAGCAGCUGAUGCUACAACUACAGUGGCUGACACAACUGCAGCUGAUGCUACAACAGUUGCUGAUGCAACAACGGCUGAUGUUACAACAGCAGUUGCUGACACAACUACAGUGGCUGACGCAACUACGGCAGAUACUACAGCAGCUGAUGCUACAACUACAGUGGCUGACACAACUGCAGCUGAUGUUACAACAACAGUUGCUGAUGCAACAACGGCUGAUGUUACAACAGCAGUUGCUGACACAACUACAGUGGCUGACGCAACUACGGCAGAUACUACAGCAGCUGAUGCUACAACUUCAGUGGCUGACACAACUGCAGCUGAUGCUACAACAACAGUUGCUGAUGCAACAACGGCUGAUGUUACAACAACAGUAGCUGACACAAUUGCAGCUGAUGCUACAACAACAGUUGCUGAUGCAACAACGGCUGAUGUUACAACAGCAGUUGCUGACACAACUACAGUGGCUGACGCAACUGCAGCUGAUGCUACAACAACAGUUGCUGAUGCAACAACGGCUGACGUUACAACAACAGUAGCUGACACAACUACAGUGACUGACGCAACUACGGCAGAUACUACAGCAGCUGAUGCUACAACUACAGUGGCUGACACAACUGCAGCUGAUGCUACAACAACAGUUGCUGAUGCAACAACGGCUGAUGUUACAACAGCAGUUGCUGACACAACUACAGUGGCUGACGCAACUACGGCAGAUACUACAGCAGCUGAUGCUACAACUACAGUGGCUGACACAACUGCAGCUGAUGCUACAACAGUUGCUGAUGCAACAACGGCUGAUGUUACAACAGCAGUUGCUGACACAACUACAGUGGCUGACGCAACUACGGCAGAUACUACAGCAGCUGAUGCUACAACUACAGUGGCUGACACAACUGCAGCUGAUGUUACAACAACAGUUGCUGAUGCAACAACGGCUGAUGUUACAACAGCAGUUGCUGACACAACUACAGUGGCUGACGCAACUACGGCAGAUACUACAGCAGCUGAUGCUACAACUUCAGUGGCUGACACAACUGCAGCUGAUGCUACAACAACAGUUGCUGAUGCAACAACGGCUGAUGUUACAACAACAGUAGCUGACACAAUUGCAGCUGAUGCUACAACAACAGUUGCUGAUGCAACAACGGCUGAUGUUACAACAGCAGUUGCUGACACAACUACAGUGGCUGACGCAACUGCAGCUGAUGCUACAACAACAGUUGCUGAUGCAACAACGGCUGAUGUUACAACAACAGUAGCUGACACAACUACAGUGGCUUACGCAACUACGGCAGAUACUACAGCAGCUGAUGCUACAACUACAGUGGCUGACUCAACUGCAGCUGAUGCUACAACAACAGUUGCUGAUGCAACAACGGCUGAUGUUACAACAACAGUAGCUGACACAACUACAGUGGCUGACGCAACUACGGCAGAUACUACAGCAGCUGAUGCUACAACUACAGUGGCUGACACAACUGCAGCUGAUGCUACAACAACAGUUGCUGAUGCAACAACGGCUGAUGUUACAACAGCAGUUGCUGACACAACUACAGUGGCUGACGCAACUACGGCAGAUACUACAGCAGCUGAUGCUACAAGUACAGUGGCUGACACAACUACAGCUGAUGCUACAACAACAGUUGCAGGUGCAACAACGGCUGACGUUACAACAACAGUAGCUGACACAACUACAGUGGCUGACGCAACUACGGCAGAUACUACAGCAGCUGAUGCUACAACUACAGUGGCUGACACAACUGCAGCUGAUGCUACAACAACAGUUGCUGAUGCAACAACGGCUGAUGUUACAACAGCAGUUGCUGACACAACUACAGUGGCUGACGCAACUACGGCAGAUACUACAGCAGCUGAUGCUACAACUACAGUGGCUGACACAACUGCAGCUGAUGCUACAACAGUUGCUGAUGCAACAACGGCUGAUGUUACAACAGCAGUUGCUGACACAACUACAGUGGCUGGCGCAACUACGGCAGAUACUACAGCAGCUGAUGCUACAACUACAGUGGCUGACACAACUGCAGCUGAUGCUACAACAACAGUUGCUGAUGCAACAACGGCUGAUGUUACAACAGCAGUUGCUGACACAACUACAGUGGCUGACGCAACUACGGCAGAUACUACAGCAGCUGAUGCUACAACUUCAGUGGCUGACACAACUGCAGCUGAUGCUACAACAACAGUUGCUGAUGCAACAACGGCUGAUGUUACAACAACAAUAGCUGACACAACUACAGUGGCUGACGCAACUACGGCAGAUACUACAGCAGCUGAUGCUACAACUACAGUGGCUGACACAACUGCAGCUGAUGCUACAACAACAGUUGCUGAUGCAACAACGGCUGAUGUUACAACAGCAGUUGCUGACACAACUACAGUGGCUGACGCAACUACGGCAGAUACUACAGCAGCUGAUGCUACAACUACAGUGGCUGACACAACUGCAGCUGAUGCUACAACAACAGUUGCUGAUGCAACAACGGCUGAUGUUACAACAGCAGUUGCUGACACAACUACAGUGGCUGACGCAACUACGGCAGAUACUACAGCAGCUGAUGCUACAACUACAGUGGCUGACACAACUGCAGCUGAUGCUACAACAACAGUUGCUGAUGCAACAACGGCUGAUGUUACAACAGCAGUUGCUGACACAACUACAGUGGCUGACGCAACUACGGCAGAUACUACAGCAGCUGAUGCUACAACUACAGUUGCUGACACAACUGCAGCUGAUGCUACAACAACAGUUGCUGAUGCAACAACGGCUGAUGUUACAACAGCAGUUGCUGACACAACUACAGUGGCUGACGCAACUACGGCAGAUACUACAGCAGCUGAUGCUACAACUACAGUGGCUGACACAACUGCAGCUGAUGCUACAACAGUUGCUGAUGCAACAACGGCUGAUGUUACAACAGCAGUUGCUGACACAACUACAGUGGCUGGCGCAACUACGGCAGAUACUACAGCAGCUGAUGCUACAACUACAGUGGCUGACACAACUGCAGCUGAUGCUACAACAACAGUUGCUGAUGCAACAACGGCUGAUGUUACAACAGCAGUUGCUGACACAACUACAGUGGCUGACGCAACUACGGCAGAUACUACAGCAGCUGAUGCUACAACUUCAGUGGCUGACACAACUGCAGCUGAUGCUACAACAACAGUUGCUGAUGCAACAACGGCUGAUGUUACAACAACAAUAGCUGACACAACUACAGUGGCUGACGCAACUACGGCAGAUACUACAGCAGCUGAUGCUACAACUACAGUGGCUGACACAACUGCAGCUGAUGCUACAACAACAGUUGCUGAUGCAACAACGGCUGAUGUUACAACAGCAGUUGCUGACACAACUACAGUGGCUGACGCAACUACGGCAGAUACUACAGCAGCUGAUGCUACAACUACAGUGGCUGACACAACUGCAGCUGAUGCUACAACAACAGUUGCUGAUGCAACAACGGCUGAUGUUACAACAGCAGUUGCUGACACAACUACAGUGGCUGACGCAACUACGGCAGAUACUACAGCAGCUGAUGCUACAACUACAGUGGCUGACACAACUGCAGCUGAUGCUACAACAACAGUUGCUGAUGCAACAACGGCUGAUGUUACAACAGCAGUUGCUGACACAACUACAGUGGCUGACGCAACUACGGCAGAUACUACAGCAGCUGAUGCUACAACUACAGUGGCUGACACAACUGCAGCUGAUGCUACAACAGCAGUUGCUGAUGCAACAACGGCUGAUGUUACAACAGCAGUUGCUGACACAACUACAGUGGCUGACGCAACUACGGCAGAUACUACAGCAGCUGAUGCUACAACUACAGUGGCUGACACAACUGCAGCUGAUGCUACAACAACAGUUGCUGAUGCAACAACGACUGAUGUUACAACAACAGUAGCUGACACAACUACAGUGGCUGACCCAACUACGGCAGAUACUACAGCAGCUGAUGCUACAACUACAGUGGCUGACACAACUGCAGCUGAUGCUACAACAACAGUUGCUGAUGCAACAACGGCUGAUGUUACAACAGCAGUUGCUGACACAACUACAGUGGCUGACGCAACUACAGCAGAUACUACAGCAGCUGAUGCUACAAGUACAGUGGCUGACACAACUACAGCUGAUGCUACAACAACAGUUGCAGUGGCUGACGCAACUACGGCAGAUACUACAGCAGCUGAUGCUACAACUACAGUGGCUGACACAACUGCAGCUGAUGCUACAACAACAGUUGCUGAUGCAACAACGGCUGAUGUUACAACAGCAGUUGCUGACACAACUACAGUGGCUGACGCAACAACGGCAGAUACUACAGCAGCUGAUGCUACAACUACAGUGGCUGACACAACUGCAGCUGAUGCUACAACAGUUGCUGAUGCAACAACGGCUGAUGUUACAACAGCAGUUGCUGACACAACUACAGUGGCUGACGCAACUACGGCAGAUACUACAGCAGCUGAUGCUACAACUACAGUGGCUGACACAACUGCAGCUGAUGUUACAACAACAGUUGCUGAUGCAACAACGGCUGAUGUUACAACAGCAGUUGCUGACACAACUACAGUGACUGACGCAACUACGGCAGAUACUACAGCAGCUGAUGCUACAACUACAGUGGCUGACACAAUUGCAGCUGAUGCUACAACAACAGUUGCUGAUGCAACAACGGCUGAUGUUACAACAGCAGUUGCUGACACAACUACAGUGACUGACGCAACUGCAGCUGAUGCUUCAACAACAGUUGCUGAUGCAACAACGGCUGAUGUUACAACAACAGUAGCUGACACAUCUACAGUGGCUGACGCAACUACGGCAGAUACUACAGCAGCUGAUGCUACAACUACAGUGGCUGACACAACUGCAGCUGAUGCUACAACAACAGUUGCUGAUGCAACAACGGCUGAUGUUACAACAACAGUAGCUGACACAACUACAGUGGCUGACGCAACUACGGCAGAUACUACAGCAGCUGAUGCUACAACUACAGUGGCUGACACAACUGCAGCUGAUGCUACAACAACAGUUGCUGAUGCAACAACGGCUGAUGUUACAACAGCAGUUGCUGACACAACUACAGUGGCUGACGCAACUACGGCAGAUACUACAGCAGCUGAUGCUACAACUACAGUGGCUGACACAAAUGCAGCUGAUGCUACAACAACAGUUGCUGAUGCAACAACGGCUGAUGUUACAACAGCAGUUGCUGACACAACUACAGUGGCUGACGCAACUACGGCAGAUACUACAGCAGCUGAUGCUACAACUACAGUGGCUGACACAACUGCAGCUGAUGCUACAACAACAGUUGCUGAUGCAACAACGGCUGAUGUUACAACAGCAGUUGCUGACACAACUACAGUGGCUGACGCAACAACGGCAGAUAAUACAGCAGCUGAUGCUACAACUACAGUGGCUGACACAACUGCAGCUGAUGCUACAACAACAGUUGCUGAUGCAACAACGGCUGAUGUUACAACAGCAGUUGCUGACACAACUACAGUGGCUGACGCAACUACGGCAGAUACUACAGCAGCUGAUGCUACAACUACAGUGGCUGACACAACUGCAGCUGAUGCUACAACAACAGUUGCUGAUGCAACAACGACUGAUGUUACAACAACAGUAGCUGACACAACUACAGUGGCUGACCCAACUACGGCAGAUACUACAGCAGCUGAUGCUACAACUACAGUGGCUGACACAACUGCAGCUGAUGCUACAACAACAGUUGCUGAUGCAACAACGGCUGAUGUUACAACAGCAGUUGCUGACACAACUACAGUGGCUGACGCAACUACGGCAGAUACUACAGCAGCUGAUGCUACAAGUACAGUGGCUGACACAACUACAGCUGAUGCUACAACAACAGUUGCAGGUGCAACAACGGCUGACGUUACAACAACAGUAGCUGACACAACUACAGUGGCUGACGCAACUACGGCAGAUACUACAGCAGCUGAUGCUACAACUACAGUGGCUGACACAACUGCAGCUGAUGCUACAACAACAGUUGCUGAUGCAACAACGGCUGAUGUUACAACAGCAGUUGCUGACACAACUACAGUGGCUGACGCAACUACGGCAGAUACUACAGCAGCUGAUGCUACAACUACAGUGGCUGACACAACUGCAGCUGAUGCUACAACAACAGUUGCUGAUGCAACAACGACUGAUGUUACAACAACAGUAGCUGACACAACUACAGUGGCUGACCCAACUACGGCAGAUACUACAGCAGCUGAUGCUACAACUACAGUGGCUGACACAACUGCAGCUGAUGCUACAACAACAGUUGCUGAUUCAACAACGGCUGAUGUUACAACAGCAGUUGCUGACACAACUACAGUGGCUGACGCAACUACGGCAGAUACUACAGCAGCUGAUGCUACAAGUACAGUGGCUGACACAACUACAGCUGAUGCUACAACAACAGUUGCAGGUGCAACAACGGCUGACGUUACAACAACAGUAGCUGACACAACUACAGUGGCUGACGCAACUACGGCAGAUACUACAGCAGCUGAUGCUACAACUACAGUGGCUGACACAACUGCAGCUGAUGCUACAACAACAGUUGCUGAUGCAACAACGGCUGAUGUUACAACAGCAGUUGCUGACACAACUACAGUGGCUGACGCAACUACGGCAGAUACUACAGCAGCUGAUGCUACAAGUACAGUGGCUGACACAACUACAGCUAAUGCUACAACAACAGUUGCUGAUGCAACAACGGCUGAUGUUACAACAACAGUUGCUGAUGCAACAACGGCUGAUGUUACAACAGCAGUUACUGACACAACUACAGUGGCUGACGCAACUACGGCAGAUACUACAGCAGCUGAUGCAGCUGAUGUUACAACAGCAGUGGCUGACACAACAACAGCUGAUGCUACAACAACAGUUGCUGAUGCAACAACGGCUGAUGUUACAACAGCAGUUACUGACACAACUACAGUGGCUGACGCAACUACGGCAGAUACUACAGCAGCUGAUGCUACAAGUACAGUGGCUGACACAACUACAGCUGAUGCUAAAACAACAGUUGCUGAUGCAACAACGGCUGAUGUUACAACAACAGUAGCUGACACAACUACAGUGGCUGACGCAACUACGGCAGAUACUACAGCAGCUGAUGCUACAACUACAGUGGCUGACACAACUGCAGCUGAUGCUACAACAACAGUUGCUGAUGCAACAACGGCUGAUGUUACAACAGCAGUUGCUGACACAACUACAGUGGCUGACGCAACUACGGCAGAUACUACAGCAGCUGAUGCUACAACUACAGUGGCUGACACAACUGCAGCUGAUGCUACAACAACAGUUGCUGAUGCAACAACGGCUGAUGUUACAACAGCAGUUGCUGACACAACUACAGUGGCUGACGCAACUACGGCAGAUACUACAGCAGCUGAUGCUACAACUACAGUGGCUGACACAACUGCAGCUGAUGCUACAACAACAGUUGCUGAUGCAACAACGGCUGAUGUUACAACAGCAGUUGCUGACACAACUACAGUGGCUGACGCAACUACGGCAGAUACUACAGCAGCUGAUGCUACAACUACAGUGGCUGACACAACUGCAGCUGAUGCUACAACAGUUGCUGAUGCAACAACGGCUGAUGUUACAACAGCAGUUGCUGACACAACUACAGUGGCUGGCGCAACUACGGCAGAUACUACAGCAGCUGAUGCUACAACUACAGUGGCUGACACAACUGCAGCUGAUGCUACAACAACAGUUGCUGAUGCAACAACGGCUGAUGUUACAACAGCAGUUGCUGACACAACUACAGUGGCUGACGCAACUACGGCAGAUACUACAGCAGCUGAUGCUACAACUUCAGUGGCUGACACAACUGCAGCUGAUGCUACAACAACAGUUGCUGAUGCAACAACGGCUGAUGUUACAACAACAAUAGCUGACACAACUACAGUGGCUGACGCAACUACGGCAGAUACUACAGCAGCUGAUGCUACAACUACAGUGGCUGACACAACUGCAGCUGAUGCUACAACAACAGUUGCUGAUGCAACAACGGCUGAUGUUACAACAGCAGUUGCUGACACAACUACAGUGGCUGACGCAACUACGGCAGAUACUACAGCAGCUGAUGCUACAACUACAGUGGCUGACACAACUGCAGCUGAUGCUACAAUAACAGUUGCUGAUGCAACAACGGCUGAUGUUACAACAGCAGUUGCUGACACAACUACAGUGGCUGACGCAACUACGGCAGAUACUACAGCAGCUGAUGCUACAACUACAGUGGCUGACACAACUGCAGCUGAUGCUACAACAACAGUUGCUGAUGCAACAACGGCUGAUGUUACAACAGCAGUUGCUGACACAACUACAGUGGCUGACGCAACUACGGCAGAUACUACAGCAGCUGAUGCUACAACUACAGUGGCUGACACAACUGCAGCUGAUGCUACAACAACAGUUGCUGAUGCAACAACGGCUGAUGUUACAACAGCAGUUGCUGACACAACUACAGUGGCUGACGCAACUACGGCAGAUACUACAGCAGCUGAUGCUACAACUACAGUGGCUGACACAACUGCAGCUGAUGCUACAACAACAGUUGCUGAUGCAACAACGACUGAUGUUACAACAACAGUAGCUGACACAACUACAGUGGCUGACCCAACUACGGCAGAUACUACAGCAGCUGAUGCUACAACUACAGUGGCUGACACAACUGCAGCUGAUGCUACAACAACAGUUGCUGAUGCAACAACGGCUGAUGUUACAACAGCAGUUGCUGACACAACUACAGUGGCUGACGCAACUACAGCAGAUACUACAGCAGCUGAUGCUACAAGUACAGUGGCUGACACAACUACAGCUGAUGCUACAACAACAGUUGCAGGUGCAACAACGGCUGACGUUACAACAACAGUAGCUGACACAACUACAGUGGCUGACGCAACUACGGCAGAUACUACAGCAGCUGAUGCUACAACUACAGUGGCUGACACAACUGCAGCUGAUGCUACAACAACAGUUGCUGAUGCAACAACGGCUGAUGUUACAACAGCAGUUGCUGACACAACUACAGUGGCUGACGCAACAACGGCAGAUACUACAGCAGCUGAUGCUACAACUACAGUGGCUGACACAACUGCAGCUGAUGCUACAACAGUUGCUGAUGCAACAACGGCUGAUGUUACAACAGCAGUUGCUGACACAACUACAGUGGCUGACGCAACUACGGCAGAUACUACAGCAGCUGAUGCUACAACUACAGUGGCUGACACAACUGCAGCUGAUGUUACAACAACAGUUGCUGAUGCAACAACGGCUGAUGUUACAACAGCAGUUGCUGACACAACUACAGUGACUGACGCAACUACGGCAGAUACUACAGCAGCUGAUGCUACAACUACAGUGGCUGACACAAUUGCAGCUGAUGCUACAACAACAGUUGCUGAUGCAACAACGGCUGAUGUUACAACAGCAGUUGCUGACACAACUACAGUGACUGACGCAACUGCAGCUGAUGCUUCAACAACAGUUGCUGAUGCAACAACGGCUGACACAACAACAGUAGCUGACACAUCUACAGUGGCUGACGCAACUACGGCAGAUACUACAGCAGCUGAUGCUACAACUACAGUGGCUGACACAACUGCAGCUGAUGCUACAACAACAGUUGCUGAUGCAACAACGGCUGAUGUUACAACAACAGUAGCUGACACAACUACAGUGGCUGACGCAACUACGGCAGAUACUACAGCAGCUGAUGCUACAACUACAGUGGCUGACACAACUGCAGCUGAUGCUACAACAACAGUUGCUGAUGCAACAACGGCUGAUGUUACAACAGCAGUUGCUGACACAACUACAGUGGCUGACGCAACUACGGCAGAUACUACAGCAGCUGAUGCUACAACUACAGUGGCUGACACAAAUGCAGCUGAUGCUACAACAACAGUUGCUGAUGCAACAACGGCUGAUGUUACAACAGCAGUUGCUGACACAACUACAGUGGCUGACGCAACUACGGCAGAUACUACAGCAGCUGAUGCUACAACUACAGUGGCUGACACAACUGCAGCUGAUGCUACAACAACAGUUGCUGAUGCAACAACGGCUGAUGUUACAACAGCAGUUGCUGACACAACUACAGUGGCUGACGCAACAACGGCAGAUACUACAGCAGCUGAUGCUACAACUACAGUGGCUGACACAACUGCAGCUGAUGCUACAACAACAGUUGCUGAUGCAACAACGGCUGAUGUUACAACAGCAGUUGCUGACACAACUACAGUGGCUGACGCAACUACGGCAGAUACUACAGCAGCUGAUGCUACAACUACAGUGGCUGACACAACUGCAGCUGAUGCUACAACAACAGUUGCUGAUGCAACAACGACUGAUGUUACAACAACAGUAGCUGACACAACUACAGUGGCUGACCCAACUACGGCAGAUACUACAGCAGCUGAUGCUACAACUACAGUGGCUGACACAACUGCAGCUGAUGCUACAACAACAGUUGCUGAUGCAACAACGGCUGAUGUUACAACAGCAGUUGCUGACACAACUACAGUGGCUGACGCAACUACGGCAGAUACUACAGCAGCUGAUGCUACAAGUACAGUGGCUGACACAACUACAGCUGAUGCUACAACAACAGUUGCAGGUGCAACAACGGCUGACGUUACAACAACAGUAGCUGACACAACUACAGUGGCUGACGCAACUACGGCAGAUACUACAGCAGCUGAUGCUACAACUACAGUGGCUGACACAACUGCAGCUGAUGCUACAACAACAGUUGCUGAUGCAACAACGGCUGAUAUUACAACAACAGUAGCUGACACAACUACAGUGGCUGACGCAACUACGGCAGAUACUACAGCAGCUGAUGCUACAACUACAGUGGCUGACACAACUGCAGCUGAUGCUACAACAACAGUUGCUGAUGCAACAACGGCUGAUGUUACAACAGCAGUUGCUGACACAACUACAGUGGCUGACGCAACUACGGCAGAUACUACAGCAGCUGAUGCUACAAGUACAGUGGCUGACACAACUACAGCUGAUGCUACAACAACAGUUGCUGAUGCAACAACGGCUGAUGUUACAACAACAGUUGCUGAUGCAACAACGGCUGAUGUUACAACAGCAGUUACUGACACAACUACAGUGGCUGACGCAACUACGGCAGAUACUACAGCAGCUGAUGCAGCUGAUGUUACAACAGCAGUGGCUGACACAACUACAGCUGAUGCUACAACAACAGUUGCUGAUGCAACAACGGCUGAUGUUACAACAGCAGUUACUGACACAACUACAGUGGCUGACGCAACUACGGCAGAUACUACAGCAGCUGAUGCUACAAGUACAGUGGCUGACACAACUACAGCUGAUGCUAAAACAACAGUUGCUGAUGCAACAACGGCUGAUGUUACAACAACAGUAGCUGACACAACUACAGUGGCUGACGCAACUACGGCAGAUACUACAGCAGCUGAUGCUACAACUACAGUGGCUGACACAACUGCAGCUGAUGCUACAACAACAGCUGCUGAUGCAACAACGGCUGAUGUUACAACAGCAGUUGCUGACACAACUACAGUGGCUGACGCAACUACGGCAGAUACUACAGCAGCUGAUGCUACAACUACAGUGGCUGACACAACUGCAGCUGAUGCUACAACAACAGUUGCUCAUGCAACAACGGCUGAUGUUACAACAGCAGUUGCUGACACAACUACAGUGGCUGACGCAACUACGGCAGAUACUACAGCAGCUGAUGCUACAACUACAGUGGCUGACACAACUGCAGCUGAUGCUACAACAACAGUUGCUGAUGCAACAACGACUGAUGUUACAACAACAGUAGCUGACACAACUGCAGUGGCUGACGCAACUACGGCAGAUACUACAGCAGCUGAAGCUACAACUACAGUGGCUGACACAACUGCAGCUGAUGCUACAACAACAGUUGCUGAUGCAACAACGGCUGAUAUUACAACAACAGUAGCUGACACAACUACAGUGGCUGACGCAACUACGGCAGAUACUACAGCAGCUGAUGCUACAACUACAGUGGCUGACACAACUGCAGCUGAUGCUACAACAACAGUUGCUGAUGCAACAACGACUGAUGUUACAACAACAGUAGCUGACACAACUGCAGUGGCUGACGCAACUACGGCAGAUACUACAGCAGCUGAAGCUACAACUACAGUGGCUGACACAACUGCAGCUGAUGCUACAACAACAGUUGCUGAUGCAACAACGGCUGAUAUUACAACAACAGUAGCUGACACAACUACAGUGGCUGACGCAACUACGGCAGAUACUACAGCAGCUGAUGCUACAACUACAGUGGCUGACACAACUGCAGCUGAUGCUACAACAACAGUUGCUGAUGCAACAACGGCUGAUAUUACAACAACAGUAGCUGACACAACUACAGUGGCUGACGCAACUACGGCAGAUACUACAGCAGCUGAUGCUACAAGUACAGUGGCUGACACAACUACAGCUGAUGCUACAACAACAGUUGCUGAUGCAACAACGGCUGAUGUUACAACAACAGUUGCUGAUGCAACAACGGCUGAUGUUACAACAGCAGUUACUGACACAACUACAGUGGCUGACGCAACUACGGCAGAUACUACAGCAGCUGAUGCUACAAAUACAGUGGCUGACACAACUACAGCUGAUGCUAAAACAACAGUUGCUGAUGCAACAACGGCUGAUGUUACAACAACAGUAGCUGGCACAACUACAGUGGCUGACGCAACUACGGCAGAUACUACAGCAGCUGAUGCUACAACUACAGUGGCUGACACAACUGCAGCUGAUGCUACAACAACAGUUGCUGAUGCAACAACGGCUGAUGUUACAACAGCAGUUGCUGACACAACUACAGUGGCUGACGCAACUACGGCAGAUACUACAGCAGCUGAUGCUACAACUACAGUGGCUGACACAACUGCAGCUGAUGCUACAACAACAGUUGCUGAUGCAACAACGGCUGAUGUUACAACAGCAGUAGCUGACACAACUACAGUGGCUGACCCAACUACGGCAGAUACUACAGCAGCUGAUGCUACAACUACAGUGGUUGACACAACUGCAGCUGAUGCUACAACAACAGUUGCUGAUGCAACAACGGCUGAUGUUACAACAGCAGUUGCUGACACAACUACAGUGGCUGACGCAACUACGGCAGAUACUACAGCAGCUGAUGCUACAAGUACAGUGGCUGACACAACUACAGCUGAUGCCACAACAACAGUUGCUGAUGCAACAACGGCUGGUGUUACAACAACAGUUGCUGAUGCAACAACGGCUGAUGUUACAACAGCAGUUACUGACACAACUACAGUGGCUGACGCAACUACGGCAGAUACUACAGCAGCUGAUGCUACAAGUACAGUGGCUGACACAACUACAGCUGAUGCUAAAACAACAGUUGCUGAUGCAACAACGGCUGAUGUUACAACAACAGUAGCUGACACAACUACAGUGGCUGACGCAACUACGGCAGAUACUACAGCAGCUGAUGCUACAACUACAGUGGCUGACACAACUGCAGCUGAUGCUACAACAACAGUUGCUGAUGCAACAACGGCUGAUGUUACAACAGCAGUUGCUGACACAACUACAGUGGCUGACGCAACUACGGCAGAUACUACAGCAGCUGAUGCUACAACUACAGUGGCUGACACAACUGCAGCUGAUGCUACAACAACAGUUGCUGAUGCAACAACGGCUGAUGUUACAACAGCAGUAGCUGACACAACUACAGUGGCUGACCCAACUACGGCAGAUACUACAGCAGCUGAUGCUACAACUACAGUGGUUGACACAACUGCAGCUGAUGCUAUAACAACAGUUGCUGAUGCAACAACGGCUGAUGUUACAACAGCAGUUGCUGACACAACUACAGUGGCUGACGCAACUACGGCAGAUACUACAGCAGCUGAUGCUACAAGUACAGUGGCUGACACAACUACAGCUGAUGCUACAACAACAGUUGCAGGUGCAACAACGGCUGACGUUACAACAACAGUAGCUGACACAACUACAGUGGCUGACGCAACUACGGCAGAUACUACAGCAGCUGAUGCUACAACUACAGUGGCUGACACAACUGCAGCUGAUGCUACAACAACAGUUGCUGAUGCAACAACGGCUGAUGUUACAACAACAGUAGCUGACACAACUACAGUGGCUGACACAACUGCAGCUGAUGCUACAACAACAGUUGCUGAUGCAACAACGGCUGAUGUUACAACAACAGUAGCUGACACAACUACAGUGGCUGACGCAACUACGGCAGAUACUACAGCAGCUGAUGCUACAACUACAGUGGCUGACACAACUGCAGCUGAUGCUACAAGUACAGUGACUGACACAACUACAGCUGAUGCUACAACAACAGUUGCUGAUGCAACAACGGCUGAUGUUACAACAACAGUAGCUGACACAACUACAGUGGCUGACGCAACUACUGCAGAUACUACAGCAGCUGAUGCUACAACUACAGUGGCUGACACAACUGCAGCUGAUGCUACAACAACAGUUGCUGAUGCAACAACGGCUGAUGUUACAACAGCAGUUGCUGACACAACUACAGUGGCUGACGCAACUACGGCAGAUACUACAGCAGCUGAUGCUACAACUACAGUGGCUGACACAACUGCAGCUGAUGCUACAACAGUUGCUGAUGCAACAACGGCUGAUGUUACAACAGCAGUUGCUGACACAACUACAGUGGCUGACGCAACUACGGCAGAUACUACAGCAGCUGAUGCUACAACUACAGUGGCUGACACAACUGCAGCUGAUGCUACAACAACAGUUGCUGAUGCAACAACGGCUGAUGUUACAACAGCAGUUGCUGACACAACUACAGUGGCUGACGCAACUACGGCAGAUACUACAGCAGCUGAUGCUACAACUUCAGUGGCUGACACAACUGCAGCUGAUGCUACAACAACAGUUGCUGAUGCAACAACGGCUGAUGUUACAACAACAGUAGCUGACACAACUACAGUGGCUGACGCAACUACCGAAGAUACUACAGCAGCUGAUGCUACAACUACAGUGGCUGACACAACUGCAGCUGAUGCUACAACAACAGUUGCUGAUGCAACAACGGCUGAUGUUACAACAGCAGUUGCUGACACAACUACAGUGGCUGAUGCAACUACGGCAGAUACUACAGCAGCUGAUGCUACAAAUACAGUGGCUGACACAACUACAGCUGAUGCUACAACAACAGUUGCUGAUGUUACAACGGUUGAUGUUACAACAACAGUAGCUGACACAACUACAGUGGCUGACGCAACUACGGCAGAUACUACAGCAGCUGAUGCUACAACUACAGUGGCUGACACAACUGCAGCUGAUGCUACAACAACAGUUGCUGAUGCAACAACGUCUGAUGUUACAACAGCAGUUGCUGACACAACUACAGUGGCUGACGCAACUACGGCAGAUACUACAGCAGCUGAUGCUACAAGUACAGUGGCUGACACAACUACAGCUGAUGCUACAACAACAGUUGCUGAUGCAACAACGGCUGAUAUUACAACAACAGUAGCUGACACAACUACAGUGGCUGAUGCAACUACGGCAGAUACUACAGCAGCUGAUGCUACAACUACAGUGGCUGACACAACUGCAGCUGAUGCUACAACAACAGUUGCUGAUGCAACAACGGCUGAUAUUACAACAGCAGUUGCUGACACAACUACAGUGGCUGACGCAACUACGGCAGAUACUACAGCAGCUGAUGCUACAACUACAGUGGCUGACACAACUGCAGCUGAUGCUACAACAACAGUUGCUGAUGCAACAACGGCUGAUGUUACAACAGCAGUUGCUGACACAACUACAGUGGCUGACGCAACUACGGCAGAUACAACAGCAGCUGAUGCUACAACUACAGUGGCUGACACAACUGCAGCUGAUGCUACAACAACAGUUGCUGAUGCAACAACGGCUGAUGUUAUAACAGCAGUUGCUGACACAACUACAGUGGCUGACGCAACUACGGCGGAUACUACAGCAGCUGAUGCUACAAGUACAGUGGCUGACACAACUACAGCUGAUGCUACAACAACAGUUGCUGAUGCAACAACGGCUGAUGUUACAACAACAGUUGCUGAUGCAACAACGGCUGAUGUUACAACAGCAGUUACUGACACAACUACAGUGGCUGACGCAACUACGGCAGAUACUACAGUAGCUGAUGCUACAAGUACAGUGGCUGCCACAACUACAGCUGAUGCUAAAACAACAGUUGCUGAUGCAACAACGGCUGAUGUUACAACUACAGUGGCUGACACAACUGCAGCUGAUGCUACAACAACAGUUGCUGAUGCAACAACGGCUGAUGUUACACUAACGGUAGCUGACACAACUACAGUGGCUGACGCAACUACGGCAGAUACUACAGCAGCUGAUGCUACAACUACAGUGGCUGACACAACUGCAGCUGAUGCUACAACAACAGUUGCUGAUGCAACAGCGGCUGAUGUUACAACAACAGUAGCUGACACAACUACAGUGGCUGACGCAACUACGGCAGAUACUACAGCAGCUGAUGCUACAACUACAGUGGCUGACACAACUGCAGCUGAUGCUACAACAACAGUUGCUGAUGCAACAACGGCUGAUGUUACAACAGCAGUUGCUGACACAACUACAGUGGCUGACGCAACUACGGCAGAUACUACAGCAGCUGAUGCUACAAGUACAGUGGCUGACACAACUACAGCUGAUGCUACAACAACAGUUGCAGGUGCAACAACGGCUUACGUUACAACAACAGUAGCUGACACAACUACAGUGGCUGACGCAACUACGGCAGAUACUACAGCAGCUGAUGCUACAACUACAGUGGCUGACACAACUGCAGCUGAUGCUACAACAACAGUUGCUGAUGCAACAGCGGCUGAUGUUACAACAACAGUAGCUGACACAACUACAGUGGCUGACGCAACUACGGCAGAUACUACAGCAGCUGAUGCUACAACUACAGUGGCUGACACAACUGCAGCUGAUGCUACAACAACAGUUGCUGAUGCAACAACGGCUGAUGUUACAACAGCAGUUGCUGACACAACUACAGUGGCUGACGCAACUACGGCAGAUACUACAGCAGCUGAUGCUACAAGUACAGUGGCUGACACAACUACAGCUGAUGCUACAACAACAGUUGCAGGUGCAACAACGGCUGAUGUUACAACAACAGUUGCUGACAAAACUACAGUGGCUGACGCAACUACGGCAGAUACUACAGCAGCUGAUGCUACAACUACAGUGGCUGACACAACUGCAGCUGAUGCUACAACAACAGUUGCUGAUGCAACAACGGCUGAUGUUACAACAGCAGUUGCUGACACAACUACAGUGGCUGACGCAACUACGGCAGAUACUACAGCAGCUGAUGCUACAAGUACAGUGGCUGACACAACUACAGCUGAUGCUACAACAACAGUUGCAGGUGCAACAACGGCUGACGUUACAACAACAGUAGCUGACACAACUACAGUGGCUGACGCAACUACGGCAGAUACUACAGCAGCUGAUGCUACAACUACAGUGGCUGACACAACUGCAGCUAAUGCUACAACAACAGUUGCUGAUGCAACAACGGCUGAUGUUACAACAGCAGUUGCUGACACAACUACAGUGGCUGACGCAACUACGGCAGAUACUACAGCAGCUGAUGCUACAACUACAGUGGCUGACACAACUGCAGCUGAUGCUACAACAGUUGCUGAUGCAACAACGGCUGAUGUUACAACAGCAGUUGCUGACACAACUACAGUGGCUGACGCAACUACGGCAGAUACUACAGCAGCUGAUGCUACAACUACAGUGGCUGACACAACUGCAGCUAAUGCUACAACAACAGUUGCUGAUGCAACAACGGCUGAUGUUACAACAGCAGUUGCUGACACAACUACAGUGGCUGACGCAACUACGGCAGAUACUACAGCAGCUGAUGCUACAACUUCAGUGGCUGACACAACUGCAGCUGAUGCUACAACAACAGUUGCUGAUGCAACAACGGCUGAUGUUACAACAGCAGUAGCUGACACAACUACAGUGGCUGACGCAACUACGGCAGAUACUACAGCAGCUGAUGCUACAACUACAGUGGCUGACACAACUGCAGCUGAUGCUACAACAACAGUUGCUGAUGCAACAACGGCUGAUGUUACAACAAGCAGUUAG